AUGGUUUCAGAAGCGGCUGCACAAAUACUGAAGCCGGGUGGUGAAACGGCUGAAAGCACGGAGGCAGAGGACCCUGCGGUCAAAGAAAAAAUAGAUGAGGUAUCAGCAGCGAUAUCACAGACAUUGCAAAACCUGAACUCGAAUGCGGAAAACCUGCAGACACCCUUCUCAGACCAAGAUUUGGCGAAUAUGUUCAAUAACUUUAGUCUAGGUGAUGGCGCACAGGAAGGCAACAUGUUCCUCCCGUUCAUGCAAGGGAUGAUGCAAUCCCUCCUUUCGAAGGAGGUUCUUUAUCCUUCCUUGAAGGAGCUCGUUGAUAAGUAUCCAGCUUGGUUGCAGGAGAACAAAGGAAAAGUUGAACCGAGUGAAUAUACGAGAUUCGAAAAACAGCAAGAGUUGAUGCUUAAAGUUUGCACUGAACUGGAACCAGAACAGGAAUCUGACCCUGAAGAUGUCAAACGGAAGAGGUUUGAAGUAGUGCUGGAUCUAAUGCAGAAGAUGCAAGACCUCGGUCAGCCCCCUACGGAGCUGGUGGGAGAUCUUGGCGCGCCCCCAGCAGGCUUCGCGGCGCCUACACAGGACCCUAGCCAGUGCUGCCUCAUCUAGGGAGAUUUAUUUAAAAUGGAUGGAAUACAAGAAACGUUAUAAAUUCAUAAUUGUUAUGGCUGUUUUUGACGCUGACAUGCAGUGUAUGGCUGGCCAACUGAUAUACGCGGACUGGCAGGCGGUGAUUGUCACUGAAUACCUAGCCCAGACUGGUCGAAUAAAGAAACCUAGCUACGUUACGUAAUGAUAAGGUACUAUAUUUCCCAUCUGCGGAAUGUUAAAGAAAAUCACAACUAUCAAAAACGUUUAUUCCAAUUACACCCAGUACUGCCAACAACAAAAAAUUCCCUAUUUGUCGCGAGAUACAUGGGCAUUGUUUUUAAUGAAUAAAGUAUACAGUAUUGUUUGUUAGCUGUGGAUUUUGAAACCGGUAGGCUAUAAACCUUUAGAUAUAUACUGAAAAGGGGAUAAAUGAUAAUGUUAGCUUUUAAUAUUGUCUCUUUCCUGGCUAACUGUUCUAACUGGCAUAAGGUGAAUUUGUUUAAGAUAAUUGGUUCUAUUAAUAAGUUAUAUUCAUAUGUAAAAAGGGGUCAAAAGUUAAGUAAUCGCGCCUUCGAAUUAGACGCCUAUGGAAACUUUGUAAUUGCGCGACAGCUGCGUGUCUAUAGAACUUAAUUAAGGCGAGGUCUUCAAAGCGUGAGGGGUCGCCUCUCGUCCCGAAGUCCGCGCGCUGUAAAUUAAUAUGAAUAAAUCAAGAACGGGCGGAUAAAAUUUGACACAGAUCCGACGUCGACAAGCGCUCGAUGGCGACUGACGGGGCAGCGGGCGGCGCGGCAUGUCAUUAAACCGCUGGGCAAUUUGCAAAUUUUGGGAUAAAUGUCAAUAACUAAUACGGCUUCAGUUGCAAACUCUGGAAAUAUCUCAAAUGCAAAUUUUUUUUGCUUGCUUUCAGGAUUUUAUAUGAUUGGGCGAAGUACACCCUAUCGUGUAACUAAUUAUCACAUUUUUUAGACAAUAUCCUUAGGUGUAUCGUAUAUUUUUUGUAACACC